AUGUAUCGGCUCCUGAUCCUCAUUUUUCUGGCUAUGAAAUACCAGAGCGAAGCAUUCAACUUUUCGCCAUUUCCGACUCGAGUGAUAAAUGCACCAAAGCAUCUAAAAACCCGAUUGAGCCAAACGCGGAGCUCCUAUUUUGGAUAUUCGCUUGUCAUCCGGCCAACGAGCAUCUUCGUGGGAGCUCCUCGGGCACAGUCCACCUUGGAUUCACAAAGCACCUUCAAUGAAACUGGAGCUGUAUUCAGAUGCUCCCUGGCAAAUGGAUCCUGCCGACCGUUCGUCCUGGAUGAUACGGAAAGUAGUUUCCCUGUAGAUUUCUCGUACGGCAAGGACUUCCAGUGGUUGGGCGGUUCAAUGGAUGGAGGCACCAAGGAUACGGAUAAAUUACUCGUAUGUGCACCCCGGUUUGUCGUAUAUCCGAAUGAUUUCCAAGGCCAUAUGUUGGGAGCUUGCUACUGGGUUCGGGAUACGGUGGCAGAUACUCCUCCUCUGAGCGAGGUGAAUUCCAUCAGUUCACUUCAUAGGUAUAACAUGUUCGGUGCCGAAAUGCCAGAACUGGGGUUCAGUGCCCAUGUGACGGACGAUAACUCUGAGAUGCUGAGCGGGGCCGUAGGCGUCGGCUUUUGGAACGGAUCGUUGGUAUUGCACCAGCGGAGAGAGACAUCGACUAGAAGACGCCUAAAGGAUGUGGUUAUGCCGCAAAGCUAUGAAUCCAAUAAGAUGAAACUGGAUUAUUUGCAACAAAAGAGCUUAUUGUACUUUGGCUACGCCGUGAGCUCCGGAUACUUUAACAAAUACCAGCGGAACAAACUUUAUUACGUGGCCACCGCGCCUCAUUCCAAUGUGAAGUUCGGCGAGGCACAUAUUCUCGAAGUGCAGGAAGAACGUAUAUUUCAGGAUUAUGUGCUCCAAGGAGAGCAGUUGGGCGAGUACUUUGGAUACUCAGUUGUGGCCGAUGAUUUCAAUGGGGAUGGGCUAACGGAUCUGGUCGUUUCGGCGCCCCUUAAUGCUCUCGGGGAUUACCAUGACGUGGGUGCCAUAUACGUGUUCAUCAACGAGGGAUUGUUUUACUUUAAGAAAACGAUUAUUCGUUUGUCAUUGGGCAGUAAUGCUCGCUUCGGAACUUCCCUUUCAAGGCUGGGCGAUAUUAACCACGACGGAUACAACGACUUGGCCGUGGGAGCGCCCUUUGAGGGAAACGGAGCGGUGUUCAUUUUCCUGGGCAGCCAGCACGGAUUGCCGGACCAGCCGAGUCAGCGACUGGAUGCUCCCUUGAGGGAGCCUUGCCCAUACGGAGCCCACAUGUUCGGACACGGACUCUCCCGCGGAUCGGACAUAGAUGGCAACGGAUUCAAUGACCUGGCGAUUGGAGCCCCCGGAGCCGAGGCAGUCUAUCUAUACCGCACGUAUCCGGUCGCCAAAAUUCAUGCCACUCUAAAGUCGGAAACGCAAGAGAUCAAGCCGGAGCGGGACAUGGUUACGGUCACCGCCUGCUACCGGCUGAACACCACUUCCCAGUCAAUGCAGGUGCAGCAUCAGCAGCUAACUAUCCGGAUUGUCAUAGAUGAAGUCCUGAAGCGGGUGAAAUUCGCCCCCAUGAACACCAGUGAGGUGACCAUCCGUCCGGAGGCAGAAUUAAACGAGAGGUGCUGGGAAUUUCAGGUUCAGGUACGCUAUACCGGUGCCAUACUCUCGCCCAUCGAUCUCCAGAUGCACUACGAACUGGCGAAGAAGAUUCCCGUUUCGCAACAAACGUUCUGCGAAACCUGCGCCGUUGUCGAUCCCAUGGAUCCCACGUACACCACGGAGAAGAUCUACUUCAACACGGGAUGUGCCGGCGAUGUGUGUGUAUCUGAUUUGCAUCUGAGCACUAAGGAUGUGGAUUCUAGUUUCACCUUGGGCACCAAUGAAUCCCUCAGUCUGACGUACGAGAUCACCAACAGCGGAGAGCCCGCCUACGUGGCCCAAUUAAACGUGACCAGCUCCGCCCGGCUGCCAUUCUCCAAGGUUCCUGGGAACUGCAGGGUCCGGGAGGAGGUCAUAUUGUGCGACCUGAACGGGCAACGAGCGAUGACCAAAGGCGACAGCGAGUCCCUAACCAUCACUUUCGACGUCACCCAGCUCCGUGGACACUCGCUUACCAUCGAGGCAGCAGUAUCCUCUGCGGGAAUCGACACGAAUCCGAAGGAUAACAGGUUGAGCACUUUGAUCAGCCUAAAGGAAUACGCCGAGAUCGACGCUAGUGGAGGUCCCGCAGAUGGCCAACUUGUCCUCAGGGAAUAUCCUUACUCCGCAGAAGUUUGCAACAGCUACGAGAUCAAAAGUCAUGGGCCCAGCGACUUAGAUGAGCUCUCCCUGUUCUCCUAUAUACUGAUCGCUAUACUCCUGCUGCCCAUCUGGUACAUCCUUCUGGCCGUGAUUGCUGGACUCCUGCUGCUCGCUGCGCUGACCUAUGUUCUCUACAAGCUCGGAUUCUUUAAGCGCGCCAAGAAGGAGGAGCUUCAGAGACUGAUGGAGCAAAGCCCCACAAGGGAGGAGUCUGAGGAAGAUCGGGAAGUCAGCCAGGAAGAAAUCAGCCUUAAACAACUAUCUGACCUAGAUAAUUAACAAGCUCUGCUAUUUUCAACUACUUACUAAUCAAAUAUUUUAUAUUCCUGCAAAAAGGGUAAAUAAUC